UUUAAUAAUAAUUUAGUGACAAGUCCCUUGAUUUUUCUUUCAUGAACUUCUUUUUUCUGUCAGGGUAAAGCCCCUUUUACAUAUUUCCUGGCCGACUUUUUUCAAUGAUAUCCAUGAUUUUUGAUGAAGAAACUUUUUGGGUUUUAUCAUCACUUCUGGCCAUCAUGUUAUUCCUGUUUAGUAAAUCAGCGCUGUGAAAGAGUUUCAAAAUUGACAUUAUUUAUUUUCUCCAAAAAAAAGUAACUUAUUACAAAAACUUUGCCAAAUAUCGCGUUCAUCUCAUUCAUUUUAAAUUGUUAAAACGUAAUUAUUGAAAUGCAUUUUAUUCCCGGCCCGAAAGAGGUUGAUUUCGAAUCGAGUCAAACGAAGAACUGUUCGCUUGGGGGCUGGAGAUCAAUAUUGUUCUGUUUCGUUUUGUUUGUGAUAUUUCGUGAUGUUACGUUUCGGAGUUGGUUUGUUAAAACACCAUUGUUUGUGGCCAAGACAAUACUGGACACAUUGUUUUUAAAGAGCCUCUCUGAUUUCAACAACUCCAUAUAGUGUUUCGACCACGCUUCGUCAACUGCGUCAAAGUUUUUUAUCUGUGAUGGCUUCAUUAUUACUUGUAUUCUUUUUAAUUUUAUUAAUUGAGAAUCCCUUAAGAGCUACAAAGUUAAAAGACUUGAAUGUGAAUGAUUAUCCGUUGACCAAGUCCCUGGGCUUCUCCAUGGACACAAAGCUGGGGAAGAAACUGGAGGACGCGAUGUUCAGCCAAGGUUACAUGGAGCAGUACCAGGACGUCAUGCGCGCCAGCCGCGAAUCCUUUGAAAGUUUCGAGCGUGACAAGGAGAGGAGGCGACGACGAGGUAAAAGUUCCACGGAAGUUGAUAGGGAAGGUAUAGUGGAACGGCGACGCGGCGCUGGUCGCCUACGUUCUGAAGUGGGUCGGCGACGCGCGCGUUCGCAGGCGCUACGUAGAGACAAGCUGAACACGCAGAGUCUGCGAAGUCAUCUAGAGCAUUCCAAACAAUCAACGCAGCGCGACUCACAUGCCAUAUCCUCAUAGAUCACAUAUCAAUAAAUU